UUGUGCAUAGUUCAGAGGUAUGUCAUUUACUUCAGCUGUUUUUAUCCCUUUGUCAAGAGAUUGUUGCUGACCUUCUGCAGGUAUUGGUUCUGCUACUUUGCUCUCAUCAGCACACGUAGUAAGCCCUUGUUCAUUCAGCAUCACUAUCUGCCCCGGAUUAACUUUGUGUGCAGGAGCCAACACAACUCCUGUACUCUUCUACACUUGUUUCACAUGUUGUGGCCUAUUUAUUUUAGGCUGUUGAACUUGCUUAACCUCCUCCUUGCGAGCUCUUGUACAGUUAUGACCAAUUUUUAAGCACUUCCCACAGAAUUCAGAUUUCCAGUUAUAUUCCACUAUCUGAUCAAACAUUCUACAUGAGUCAUCUAUAAUAGGGACCUUGCUAGGAAGAGGUUUAGUGACAUUCACCUCAAUGAGGAUUUUGGCAUAAGAGAUUCUAGUUUGUUUGGUAGUACACUCAUCUGCAAACAGUGGAAUCCCUAUUGUACUUGCUAUUCUACUCAAUGAGCUACCUCCCGAGUAGUUCAUGGGAAGUUUGGGAAAUCUAAACCCAAAGAGGAAUCUCAGUUAAAAAUUCAGCAUCAAAAUCAAACUGUGGACUCCAUUGUUUCAUUAUCAUGGUCCUAUUGUUGACUGUGUAAGGUCGCUCACACAGAAUUUUCUUCAUAUCAGCUAUGGAUUGAAACCUAAUGAUGUGGUAACCAUCAUCAUGAGAAUAGAGCUCUGGCAGAGUGACCGUAUUCCACAUCUUGUUUAUAUAUCUAUGCAUAUAGUUAUACCCUGGCUUUUCCCCAAUUACAUAAAUGAUUAGGGCACAUUUCCAUUUUAAAGUUUCAGCUUCUAAAUCUGAUUUCUCAAGUUUGGCCACAAGAUUACCUUCUACUACUUCAGGAGUAAUGUAGUGCAAAGGCAUACCAUUAGCAGCUGAUCGAUUACCAUUAAGGACCCCAGCCUAAGUUGGUUCCCUGGUACUUUCCGGCAAUGGAACAAUAAUGUGUGCUGGUGACUGAUUCUCGGCUUCCUUCUUCUUCCCCAAUGUAGCUUUAGCUGAUUUUGGAGCUUGAUUUCCAGCUUCCAGCUCCUUUCCCAAUGGAAUAAUAACACCCCUAGAUGGAGAAUGUGUUACACUAUCUCUCAAAUUCACUUGCAUAAGAAUAGGGCUCUGAUUUGCUCGUUUCUGCUGUUGGCUUGCAGAUGCAGAGGCUCCAACAUAAGGGAUCUGGAUAAGUAUUUCACCUCUUACCUAUGUUUUGGAGGUCCCUGAGAUUGACUCCAUGACUGCCGACGAGGUGAAAGAAACAUCAUAUCAAAGGCUCUGCGAAUCAAAGAGCAUCUUAACUGUGAAUGGACAAUUUCCAGGACCCACUAUUUAUGCUCGCAAAGGAGAAACUAUCAUUGUGGAUGUCUAUAACGAAGGGAAAACCAACAUAACCAUUCACUGGCAUGGAGUAAAACAACCUAGGAAUCCAUGGUCAGAUGGGCCAGAAUACAUAACCCAAUGUCCAAUCCAGCCAGGUUCAAAAUUCAGGCAAAUGUUGAUCUUUUCGGAUGAAGAAGGCACCUUAUGGUGGCAUGCACACAGAGAAUGGGAUCGAGCCACGGUUUAUGGUGCCAUUGUUGUUUAUCCUAAACUUGGUACUACCUAUCCUUUCCCCAGACCUGUUGCCGAACUAACCCUUGUCUUAGGGGAGUGGUGGAAAGAAAAUAUUAUGUUGGUAUAUGAGCAAUUUAUCACCUCAGGAGGUCAACCAAUUGAUUCUGAUGCUUACACAAUAAAUGGUCAGCCUGGAGAUUUUUAUCCUUGUUCGGAGCGUGAGACAUUCAAGCUAGAGGUGGAGUGUGGGAAGACAUAUCUGCUUCGGAUCAUAAACGCCGCAAUGAAUGAAAUGCUUUUCUUUAGAGUAGCAGAGCAUAAACUCAAAGUAGUUGGAACAGAUGGGAGCUACACUAAGCCCUUGACAAGGGAAUUUAUCACAAUAACUCCUGGACAAACAUUUGAUUGCAUUUUGGAGGCUAACCAAAAGCCCGGUCGUUACUACAUGGCUGCUAGAGCUUAUUCCAGUGGCGUUAAUGUCAGUUUCGACAACACAACCACCACAGCCAUAUUGGAAUACAAAGGAAAUUACGACGAAUAUUCUUCUCCUCCUUCAUUGCCUGAUUUACCUUGUUACAAUGAUACUCUUGCAUCUGUAGAUUUUAGUGCUAGUCUUAGAAGCUUGGCUUCAGAAGACCACCCAAUAUCUGUACCAACUGAAGUGAAAGAUAGGUUGAUAUCAACAGUUUCAAUAAAUGCAUACCCUUGUCCUAUAAACGGCACAAACUCUACGUGCCAAGGACCUAAUGGAACGAGACUAGCAGCGAGUAUGAACAACAUAAGCUUUGUCAACCCGUCCAUUGAUAUCCUAGAAGCAUACUAUUAUCAUAUAAAGGGUGUGUUAUUCGGGGAGAAAUUUCCAAAGUUUCCCCCAUAUGUAUUCAAUUAUACUGCAGAUGUCCUGCCUUUGCAAUUGGAAAUACCAGAAAGCGGGACACACGUAGUAAUGCUGAAGUAUAAUACCACAGUUGAGCUUGUUUUUCAAGGGACUAACCUGGUUGCUGGCAUAGAUCAUCCAAUGCAUCUACAUGGAUUUAAUUUCUACACUGUGGGAUUAGGACUUGGAAAUUUCGACGAGGGUACGGAUCCUCUGAACUAUAAUCUUGUUGAUCCUCCUCGCCAGAACACUGUUGCUGUCCCUAAAAGGGGUUGGGCUGCCAUUAGAUUCAAAGCAGACAACCCGGGAGUUUGGUUUUUGCACUGCCAUUUUGAGCGUCAUUUGACAUGGGGCAUGAGGACUGUAUUCAUUGUGAGAGAAGGAGAUUGCCCUGACGAAAAGUUGUUGCCACGUCCCUUAGACAUGCCUCUAUGCUGAUGGCUGUGUGAAUCAUGAGUGGAUUUAUGGGGGAGAUUAUGCGGCACGUAAACUCAUAAUUUUUCUAUAAAAUUAGAUAUUUUAUGUAUAUAUUUUUAAAAAUUGGUAUAAUA